AUUAAUAUAAAAAUACCAGGUUCCUGUUCGAGCCUCAUCACCAGCACGGAACUUUAGAAAAGGAGCACAGUUGCUGUCAGGACUAAUCAAAGCGGCGGACUAACCGGAAGUACAUAAACCGCGAGAUUUGGGCGCACAGAGAUGAGCGGAGACUUGGACGGGAAUCGGGAAUUUCAUGAGCAGCUUCGGCUGCAGGAACUUUACGGUCAGCGACGGGACGAUGGAGAUGAUCCGUACACGUACGUGGACCCUGAGGACGGCACCGUCUACGACUGGGACCACGACAAGAAGGCCUGGUUUCCAAAGAUAACGGAGGACUUCAUCGCUGCGUAUCAGGCAAAUUACGGCUUCAGUGAAGAUGGAGCUUCAGCGGCGACCGGAGAACCUCAGCCUGAGAAACCGAAAGAGGAGAAAGAGGAGAAGGAGAAAGAGGAGAAGGAGAAAGAGGAGAAGGAGAAAGAGGAGAAGGAGAAAGAGGAGAAGGAGAGAGAGGAGAAGCAGGAGGAGGAAGUGACAGACUUGGGAACCACUAAAGAGGAAAAGAAGAAAGGAGAGAAGAGGAAAGCGGAACCGGGCUGGUUUGAUAUUGAGAAAGAGAAAAACACAAAUGUUUACGUGUCAGGUCUCCCUCCUGAUAUCACUCCUGAUGAGUUUGCGGAGAUAAUGUCUAAAUGUGGAAUAAUAAUGAGAGACCCGAUGACAGAGGAGUAUAAAAUUAAAUUAUACAAAGACAGUGAAGGGAAUCAGAAAGGAGACGGACUCUGCUGUUACCUGAAGAGAGAGUCAGUAGCUCUGGCCGAGCGUUUGCUGGAUGAGUACGAGGUCCGCGGUUACCGGCUGCACGUGGAAGCGGCUCGCUUUGAGCUGAAAGGCCAGUACGACGCCAGCAAGAAGAAAAAGAAGAACAAAGAGUAUCGCAAAAAACUGCAGCAGCAGCAGAAGCAGCUGGACUGGAGACCUGAGAAGAAAGGAGAAGUGCGUAAGAGACACGAGCGAGUGGUGAUCAUCCAGAACAUGUUCCACCCCACUGACUUCGAGGAGGAUCCGCUGGUGCUGAACGAGUAUCGAGACGACCUGCGCUCGGAGUGUGAGAAAUUCGGGGAGGUGAAGAAGGUCAUCAUAUUUGAUAGACACCCUGACGGCGUGGCCUCCGUGGCGUUUAAGGAGCCAGAGGAGGCGGAUGUGUGUGUGACGGCGCUGAACGGACGGUGGUUCGGAGGGAGGCAGCUUUCAGCUCAACUGUGGGACGGAGUCACUGACUACCAGGUGGAUGAGACGGUGAGAGAGCGGGAGGAGAGGUUAAAAGGUUGGUCGGCUUUUCUGGGAGACGAAAAGAAACAGGAGACGCAAGCAGAAGGAGGAGAGGGAACGACAGAAGUGGGACGGCAGGGAGAAGAAAAAGAGAAACAACAGGAAGAGAAAGAGGAAGCGACUGUUGGGUCUACUGACAGCAGUUUGGCCAGCAGCGAUGACGAGUCUUAAGUGCGUGUGUGUGUGAGUGUGUGUGAGUGUGUGAGUGUGUGAGUGUGUGUGAGUGUGAGAGUGUGUUUAAUGUACAGUGUAAAUCACUGAUGGUCAUUAGUUUGAUUUUGUUCAGCUCGUGUGUAAACAUUCUGUUUUAUAAUGAAAAUAAAAUCAUCAGUGUGUGUC